AUGAUCAAGCUGAGGUACCCCAAGAAGCUGUUCAGGAGGAGCUCCUCCAAGGGCAGCACUGCCAGCAGCAGCAGCGAUGGCGAUGCCGGCAGCGUCCGCGGCGGGGAGAUCGAGUGGGAGGUUCGGCCCGGCGGCAUGCUGGUGCAGAAGAGGGACGGCAGGGCGGACGUGGAGGUCAUCACCGUGAGGGUCGCCACCGGCUUCUCCUGGCACGACGUCUCCGUUGUGGCUACCUGCACUUUUGGUGAGUACUCGUGCUCUGCAUCUUUGCUGCUACUGUAUUAA